AAUGCACUCAAAUAAUCGAAGUAUAGGCUACCUCCAGUGUAAACUGUGCGGUAGCAUACUAGGCAGCGCCCAGUUUGUCCCUAGCGACAUGCCGUCGAAAUCGCUCCGUCCAGUUCAACAACAACUUUUCACGUGCGUGGGCAAGCGAAGCGACAUUCAAUGCAUUUUAUGUGGCCUGCCCUAGAGUAAGUACUGGGGAAAAUGCGUACAUUUAAUCUCAUAAUUUUCAACGGCUUUCUAAUAUCUCUUGCUAACAUUUAGCUAUGUAUGCACUAGGCAGACAAUUCUAGCUACAGUCUGUUCUAGCUAACGUUAGCUUGCACACUCCUUGUCUUGUUUAUGUGUGUAACGUUAGACUGUGUACACCUGUCAGCUGACAUAUAACAUCUAUCGGUAGUGAUAGGUCCACAAUUUGUUGUAGUGUGUCCAUAGUUGCCAAUUAUCUUAGGCUACCGUUUCAUAUCAUUUUCAUUUGCUCGUCAGCAUUUGGAGACAGUUUUGCCCCACCACCUCCCAGAUUUCCCAACUCGACACAGGACAUGGGUUUGUCUAGUUGUCUGUCUGCCCUGUCUCUCUCUGCCCUGAUCACCCUGGCCUUGAUAACAUGUUUACACCUUAGCUACCUGUCUGACCAAAAGGUCUCACUGAUAAAGUUAACUAGCAAAAAACAACCAGAUGAGACACCAAUACACCUAUCAGUAAGACGUGAUUUAGAGGAGGAUCCAGCAACAAGACAGGUCAGUGAGAGGGAGGAUAUAGUGAACCUCCAGAGGGUUAGCUCCCAUCUUGCCCCCAGUCACAGAUUGCUGGGGGAAGUCCCCCACCCAGCCAGCUCCAGUGGUCCCAGAGAGGCUGAGUGUAGGAGGGUAGCCCAUGAGAGCCGCUUUGACUGUGCCCGGGACCGAGUUCUGAGCCAGACAGAGUGUCAGGGGAGAGGGUGCUGCUAUGCUCCCCUACCACAAGGCCUCUCUGGAGGACCCCCGUGGUGCUUCUACCCCCCGUCAUACAGCGGGUACAGGAUGGGGCCCCUCACCCCCACUUCCAGGGGCCAGGCUGCCACCCUCACGAGGCCCACUCCCUCCUACCUGCCCCGGGAUAUCUCUAUACUCCAGUUGGAGGUCCUGGAUGAGACAGAAGGCCGACUGCACCUCACGGUUCGUCUUUGUGGAUGUAUAACCACUCGUAUAUUUCCUGCCGAGAUAAAGGGUUUGGUUUCCAUUGUCUUUGUCUAUAACAUUGCUUUUAAAAGUGUUGCCUCUAAAAAGGGCAUACAGUAUUUGCUACAUGUUUUAUCUCAUUACUUUUUAAUAAAUUUUACUAUAACCAAUCACUCAUCAGCGAGAAGUCAUUCUCCUCAGACUAUAUUAUUGUGUAAGAGUCAUAACAACACGUUUCUUCUCCCUACAGUUGAAGGAUCCAUCGUCCCAGCGAUAUGAAGUUCCCCUAUCCACUUCCCCAUCCAGAGGUAACGCUCAAACCCAGGACCACCUCUAUGUCACUGAGUUUCAAGCUGACCCUUUUGGGUUCAUAGUGUGCCGGAAAUCCAACAGCCGUGUCCUGUGAGUAUUCAUUGUCAGUUGGUCUUUAUGUCUGCUUAUACAGUACCAGUCAAAAGGUUUUACACACCUACUCAUUCAAGGGUUUUUCUUUAUUUUUACUAUUUUCUAAAUUGUAGAAUAAUAGUGAAGACCUCAAAACUAUGAAAUAACACAUAUGGAAUCAUGUAGUAACCAAAAAAGUGAUAAACAAAUCAAAAUAUAUUUUAUAUUUGAAGAAUCUCAAAGUAGCCACCCUUUGCCUUGAUGAGAGCUUUGCACACUUGGCAUUCUCUCAACCAGCUUCAUGAGGAAUGCUUUCCAACAGUCUUGAAGGAGUUCCCACAUAUGCAGAGCACUUGUUGGCUGCUUUUCCUUCACUCUGCUGUCCAACUCUAGCCAAACCAUCUAAAUUGGGUGGAGGCCAGGUCAUCUGAUGCAGCACUCCAUCACUCUCCUUGGUCAAAUAGCCCUUACACAGCCUGGAGGUGUGUUUUGGGUCAUUGUCCUGUUGAAAAACAAAUGAUAGUCCCACUAAGCGCAAACCAGAUGGGAUGGUUCAUUGAUUAGAUCUCCUAAACUUGACAUAAAACAAUUUGGACUCAUCAGACCGAAGGACAGAUUUCUACCGGUCUAAUGUCCAUUGCUCGUGUUUCUUGGCCCAAGCAAGUCUCUUCUUCUUAUUGGUGUCCUUUAGUAGUGGUUUCUUUGCAGCAAUUCGACCAUGAAGGCCUGAUUCACACAGUCUCCUCUGAACAGUUGAUGUUGAGAUGUGUCUGUUACUUGAACUCUGUGAAGCAUUUAUUUGGGCUGCAAUUUCUGAGGCUGGAAACUCUAAUGAACUUAUCCUCUGCAGCAGAGGUAACUCUGGGUCUUCCUUUCCUGUGGUGGUUCUCAUGAGAGCCAGUUUCAUCAUAGCGCUUGAUGUUUUUUGCGACUGCACUUGAAGAGAUUUUCCGGAUUGACUGACCUUCAUGUCUUAAAGUAAUGAUGGACUGUCGUUUCUCUUUGCUUAUUUGAGCUGUUCCUGACAUAAUAUGGACUUGGUCUUUUACCAAAUAGGGCUAUCUUCUGUAUACCACCCCUACCUUGUCACAACACAACUGAUUGGCUCAAUCAUUUACAUUUACAUUUUAGUCAUUUAGCAGACGCUCUUAUCCAGAGCGACUUACAGUUAGUGAGUGCAUACAUUCUUUUUUUUUUUUUUCAUACUGGCCCCCCGUGGGAAUCGAACCCACAACCCUGGCGUUGAAAACGCCAUGCUCUACCAACUGAGCUACAUCCCUGCCGGCCAUUCCCUCCCCUACCCUGGACGACGCUGGGCCAAUUGUGCGCCGCCCCAUGGGUCUCCCGGUCACAGCGAGCUACGACAGAGCCUGGAUUCGAACCAGGAUCUCUAGUGGCACAGCUAGCACUGCGAUCAAUCACAUUAAGAAGGAAAGAAAUUCCACAAAUUAACUUUUAAGAAGGCACACCUGUUAAUUGAAAUGCAUUCCAGGUGACUACCUCAUGAAGCUGUUUGAGAGAAUGCCAAGAUUGUGCAAAGCUGUCAUCAAGGCAAAGGGUGGCUACUUUGAAGAAUCUCAAAUAUAAAAUAUAUUUUGAUUUGUUUAACACUUUUUUGGUUAUUACAUGAUUCUGUAUGUGUUAUUUCAUAAUGUUGAUGUCUUCACUAUUAUUCUACAAUGUAGAAAAUAGUAAAAAUAAAGAAAAACCCUUGAAUGAGUAGGUGUGUCCAAACUGUUGACUGGGACUGUAUGUCUGGCACUGGUUCAUUGAUCAGAUCUCCUAAACCUGACAUAAAACUGUUGUAACCAUGUCAUAGGCCUAACACAUAAGAUAAGGAUUUUUUGUAUCGAUCCCAAAGGGUAAAUUGGCUUGCAGUAUGACAAUAUAUUGCUGUGUUUCUACUUAUAGCAGUCAUAAGCAUGACGUAAGAUGUCCCUGUCCCUACUUACAACUGUCAUAAGCAUGACACCGCUGUCCUCUGUCUGUCAGUGUGAACACCACGGUGGCCCCGCUGCUGUAUGCUGACCAGUACCUGCAGCUGUCUACCUCCCUGGCCUCCUCACUGGUGUCUGGGCUGGGGGAACACUACACCCCCCUCAGCCUGGACCUCAAUUGGACCUCCCUCACCCUCUGGAACAGGGACAUGGCGCCCCAUGUGAGUCUGACGUCAUUAUCAUCAUCUUCAUCAUCAUCAUUCAUUUGCUUCCUUUUUAAAUCAUGAUCAGGAGUGGUAAGUAAGUCAGAUGUCUUCUUUAUUCACCAUGCAGGGCGAUGCCAACCUGUAUGGCUCCCAUCCGUUCUACAUGGUGCAGGAGGGGGAUGGAAAGGCUCAUGGGGUCUUCCUGCUCAACAGCAAUGCCAUGGGUAAAAAAGCAUGUUGCUCCAUGUACCAUAUCCUAAAGCAGAAAUGUUUUGUUCUAAUAGGAAAGCUUUGGUUUGAGCUAGUAUAUUUUGUAAUCCCUCUUUUGAUGAUCUGACAAUGUAAUGGGUAUUUAGCCUCGAGCAGACCACCAAGGCUGUCGGACAUGCUACUUAGCAGCUCUGCCCAGAAUGUCGGCAGUCAGUCUUUUUGUGUGUUUACAUGGCACAGUACUUCUACUGUAUCAGGAUACAGGUGUAAAUAAUUGAGCCGAGUUUGACCUCUCCUUCUCUCUGUAGAGGUGGUCCUGCAGCCUAGCCCUGCUCUGACCUGGGUGGCUGUGGGAGGAAUCCUGGACCUGUACAUCUUCCUGGGCCCUGACCCUCAGAGUGUUGUCAGACAGUACCUCCAGGUUAUAGGUAUGGCUGUGUAUGACCUUUAGGUGUAACUUCCUGUCACUGAAUAUCCUUUUCUUGUCUCCUAUCCCAGUGUUUCUAUGGUGGGAAGGGCCACUGGUGGGUCACAACUAAUUCCUUUUGGGUAAUAGCUAAGGAAAGGAUAGUGUCUGUCUGUAUCUUAGUGUCCUAGUAGUCUGAACGUGCUCCCUCAUCUCCUUUCCUUCAUCUCCUUUCACUUAUGUGAAAGAACUUGACUGGUGAAAGCAAAACAUUUUCCACUGUUAGGCACCAUCCACCAUAUAGGUGUUAUCCACCAUAUUGCUCUAACCUUUUGUGAAUCUUCCGUCAUAGCUAAUGUCUACCCCGUCGUCUUCCCCCAGGGUACCCUAUGAUGCCUCCUUAUUGGUCACUGGGGUUCCACCUGUGUCGCUGGGGAUACCGGUCCACCAACGCAACCCGAGAGGUGGUGCGACGCAUGCACAACGCCAACUUUCCCUUGGUAAAGAUGCUGGAGGAAACACUUAUAUUGCAGUACAGUAUUAUCACUUGGGUUGACAGCUAUUGGAUAAUGCUAACAUUGAAUUGUUAGCAUUAUCAUGCUACAAUGGGUUUUCUCCAUGCUAAUGCUAAUUGGAUGUUUGCGUUCUCAAGUACAGUAUUAUCAUACCACUGAGGGUUCACAAUUCUUGGAGAACAUUCACUGCAUUCUUUAGUUCAACUGCUUUUGUUCUUGGUCAGGACGUGCAGUGGAAUGACCUGGAUUACGCAGACAAGCGUCGGGUGUUCACCUUUGACCCCCAGCGCUUCGUGGACCUGCCAGACAUGGUGAAGGAGUUCCAUCAGAAGGGCAUGAGGUACAUUCUCAUCCUGGUAAGAGAGAGGCCUCAACCCUCAUAACAUUUUGGACACAUAGGCACACUAAUAACUAAUAUUAGAUUGAAAUAGUACUUCAAUGUAAUUUUGUAUUCUAAAUAACAAUCUGCAUUGUGAUUAAAUUGUUGAAUGAGUGCAAUAUUGGAAGGUACAUCUAAAACUUCUAACCCUGAUAGAAGGGAGCCAGUUAAGGAACCUUUCCUUCUCAAUCCACAAGAUGGGAGCAAAAGCAUUACUGUAAUUGUAUUUUCCCAGGACCCUGGGAUCAGCAGCACCAGCCCCCCUGGUACUUACCCACCCUUUGAUGAGGGUCAGCGGAGAGGGGUCUUCAUCAGGAACUCUACAGGACAGACACUCAUAGGGAAGGUCAGACCUAAAACUCUAAUUUCUCCUCUAUUUCGAGACCCAGUGUAAACUGGGCUACAUAUACUUGGGAAAUAACAUAUUUUUGAUCGGUUUGAAAACAUUGUGUAUGUUCAUUGUGUAUUCAAGUAAUGUGUCCGCUGAAAAGCAAGGUUACUCUAAACAAAACUUCCUCUUGAAGGUGUGUGUGUGUGUGUGUGUGUGUGUGUGUGUGUGUGUGUGUGUGUGUGUGCAUGCAGGCGUGUGUGUUGUGUGGAAAGAUAUGCAUGUUGGGUUCCUCAAUCUUCUUCCUCUGUGUCCAGUUGUGGCCUGGUCCGACAGCGUUCCCUGACUUCACCAACCCAGAGACACAGAGCUGGUGGGAGGACUGCAUCCGGGAGUUCCACUCCAGAGUCCCCCUGGAUGGCCUGUGGAUCGUGAGUGUGUCGCAGAUAGAAAUGUCUUGUAGAGGGCUGAAAUCAUCCCCUAUUCUAUAUUUGCACUAACAAGCUUACAUCAUCCAGGCUGUGUCAAUGCUACUCAGCAACCAACACACUCUUUCUCUCGUCGCUCUGUUCUCAGGAUAUGAAUGAACCAGACAGUUUUGUGCAGGGCUCUAUGGAGGGGUGUCCUGACAGUGAUUUGGAGAGCCCCCCCUACGUGCCACGUGAGUGUACUGCAGCUGAAUAGUUUCCUGUCAAUAUAAAAUCAAUUGAGGAAUUUAGUGAAUUCAAUCAUACAUUUUCAUGAAUUCUGUCUCCAUACACACACAUACAGGGGUGGUUGGAGGACAGCUGAACACUGGUACUCUCUGCAUGUCAGCUCAACAGAACCUGUCCACUCACUACAACCUGCAUAACCUCUAUGGGCUGACGGAGGCUAGCGCCACCCACAGGUCAGACACAGCACUACAGGGAUCAGUGUCACACCUUAUCCUAAAACUAUGUUGUCACAUUUACUUCUGGUUGUUUGAAUGAAGCAGAUUUAAUUUACCUUGUCUAGAUUACAAAUUUGCCACCUUUGUAACUGUAGUUGGAAGAUCAAUUAUAGCAGAAGUGUCGAAUCAAUGUUGAAACUAUGUUGUACCUUGGGUUAAGACUGUAUGACAUGACCUCCCAUCUUUGGCCUUUGACCCUCUCAGUGCCCUGGUGAAGGUCCGGGGGUCGCGACCCUUCGUGCUGUCCCGCUCCUCCUUCCCUGGCAUCGGCCGUUUCUCCGGAGUCUGGACGGGAGAUGUGAGGAGCGACUGGGAGCAGCUCAGAUACUCCAUCCCUGGUGAGGGGAAAUACAUCCCAAAAUGUCCAUCUCCAUUACAAGCCAUUCCCAUUCCUAUUCCCAAAGCCAUUCACAAGCCCUGAGUGUGUGUUUUAGCCAUCAGAGGACUAAUGGUACCGAUGCACCAUCCAGACAGUACACGUUGCAGUGUGCUCUUACUCAGCAGUUUGUUGUCUCCUCUAUUGUCCUCAGUUGAAAGUUGGAGCCUUUUCAGUGGUAGUUAACUAUGGACUUGAAUGAGGGGUUUGAAUAGUCUCUCUCUCUCUCAGACUUGUAAUGGAACCUCCUACUUUUUAUUUCACUGGAUGUAGCUAGCAAGUACAGAGAGAUGCCUCUGUCUGCCUGACAUCAAAGUUAAAUAAUGAAUAAAGUGAAUGAAUAUGGCCAAUAUCCGUCCGUCCCUCCACCCCCCAGCCGUGCUGCUGUUUGGCCUGUUCGGGGUGCCCCUGGCGGGGGCGGAUGUGUGUGGGUUCGGGGGGGACACCACAGAGGAGCUGUGUGUACGCUGGACCCAGCUUGGAGCCUUCUACCCCUUCAUGAGGAACCACAACGACAAGCCCAACGCUGUGAGUUGUGCUAUCGUUGUGUGGGUGGGUGCACGCAAGCCAGGUUGUAUGGUCUAUACAGUUAACUUAGUUGGAUAGGAAUUUACCAAAAUGUUUUCCUGAACUGCUAAUGUCUUUUCACUGUCUCUAUGUAACAGUCCAUGGGUCUCAUGUAUUAUGAAUGGAGGUAUCUCUAGCUCUGUGUGUGUGUAGCCCCAGGAGCCCUAUGUGUUUGGGCAGGAGGCCCAGGCGGCUAUGCGUAGCGCGGUGACGUUGCGUUACUCUCUCCUGCCGUUCCUCUACACACUCUUCUACCACGCACACACCUCCGCAGACACUGUGGCCACGCCUCUCUUCCUCCAGUACGUCCCUCUACUCCUCCUCUCUUCUCCUCUCAAUUGCCAUUGUCCACUCCAAUCUUCCCUUCUCCUCUCUCUCUCUCUCUCUCUCUCUCUUCAAUAUUUGGACACUAUUGUAACACUCUUAUUUACACUCUUAUUUACUAUGUUGAAACUGUUUUCUGCCCCUCCCUCCCUCUCUGUCCAUCUCUCCCAGGUUCCCCUCGGACCCUAACUGCCAGACCAUAGACAGACAGUUCCUGUGGGGAAGUUCUCUGCUCGUCAGCCCGGUGUUAGAGCAGGGGGCAGUGGAGCUGGCUGCCUACCUCCCCCCGGGGACUUGGUACAGUCUGCACAAUGUAAACAGCUCCUCCAUUCAAUACAGUUAUACACUAAGUGUACAAAACAUUAUGAACAACUUCCUAAUAUUGAGUUGCACUUCACCCUUUUGCCCUCAGAACAGCCUCAAUUCGUCGGGGCAUGGACUCUACAAGGUGUCAAAAGCGUUCCACAGGGAUGCUUGCCCAUGUUGACUCCAAUGCUUCCCACAGUUAUAUCAAGUUGGCUGGAUGUCCUUUGGGUGGUGGACCAUUCUUGAUACACACGGGAAACUGUUGAAAGCCCAGCAGCGUUGCAGUUCUUGACACAAACUGGUGCGCCUGGAACCUACUACCAUACCCCGUUCAAAGGCACUUAAAUAUUUAAGUCUAUGGCAUGGAAAGAGCAGGUGUUCCUAAUGUUUUGUACACUCAGUGUAUUUGUAUAGGCCUUUCAUACUGUCACUGCUAUUAGUUCACAACUGCUUAAAGGGAUUCCUAGGAGACCUAGCCCAUCUUUUCUGUCGCUAACAGACAUAAACCGAUAAAAAAAUAUGUGUGAGCCUUUCUUACAGUCUUGUAGGCUUACUUUAGGACCAGGCAAAGAUGUGUAAUACUGUUGUACUGUGUCUACUAUAACCAUAUUCCAAUGGGCAUCUCUCUCUCUCUCUCUCUCUCUCUCUCUCUUUCUCUCUCUCCUUUCAUCCCUCCCUCCCUAGGGCCAGCCGUUCUACAGUAAGGGUCAGUACCUGCUCCUCCCAGCCCCUCUGGACACCAUCAACGUCCAUGUGAGAGAGGGACACAUCAUCCCACAGCAGGUGUGUGUCCUCUGUACACAAUAGAGUUUGGUUGGCUGUUGUUUCAUUGUGUGACAAAGCUUCAUCUUAGGCCCAUACUGUGGGUGUUACACACUGAUGGUGGAGGAGAUGAAUGAGCUGCCAAACUCUCAUAUCAUGAAAUCAAUUAAAGUUAUUUGUCAUAGAACAAGAGACACAGAAUUCCUUUGUGAAACUGUGUGAUAAAACCUAAAAUGAAAUACUCUCUGCGUACUAAUCUGACUAUGAUCUUUUGGAGCUUGUGUCAGUUUUCUGUGUAAAGCCUGUUGCCUGUCUUAAUCAGUAAUUAUAUUAUAUAUUUCAAUGGAAAAUACCCUCAAAAUACCUUCUAACUGAGAUACAGGAGCCAGCCCUGACCACCUCAGCUUCUCGCAGUAACCCUUUCCUCCUGACGGUGGCGCUGUCUGCUGGGGGUUGGGCCUGGGGUGACCUGUUCUGGGAUGAUGGGGACAGUCUGGACACCUUCCAGAGAGGAGACUACUCCUAUGUUAUCUUCAUCGCAGGACAGGUAGGAGAUGUAGAGGUCGCAUAGGGUCCUGAGUUUUUCCUGAUCACACAACCUGACCAAGGAAAACUUGGGGCCCUAGUUAUAGCCCACUUCAAGGCUAUCCCUGAUGUAGUGAAAAAAUAAAAUAAAAAAUUAAGUAAGCUUUAUGCGACAUCUUUUUGAGUGCGGACCCAUCACACCUUUUGUGUGUCCUACUUCAAGGUACUUCAUGACAUCAAAUUGUAUUUGUCACAUACACGUGUUUAGCAGAUGUUAUAGCGGGUGUAGCGAAAUGCUUGUGCUUCUAGCUCCGACAGUGCAGUAAUAUCUAACAAGUAAUAUCUAACAAUUUGACAACAUAUACCUAAUACACACAAAACUAGUAAGGAAUGGAAUUUAAGAAAAUAUACAUAUAUGGACAAGCAAUGACAGAGCGGCAUGGACUAAGAUACAGUAGAAUAUUAUAGAAUAGAAUGCAGUAUAUACAUAUGAGAUGAGUAGUGCAAGAUAUGUAAACAUUAUUAAAGUGACUAGUGUUCCACUUCUUAAAGUGGCCAGUGAUUUCAAUAGGCAGCAGCAGCCUCUAAUGUGCUAGUGAUGGCUAUUUAACAGUCUGAUGGCCUUGAGAUAGAAGCUGUUUUUCAUUCUCUCGGUCCAUCUGGGUAGGAAAAAUGUAGGGCCCUAAAUGGAGAUCAGGGAAUUAUCUAGGGUGAUUUGGAUGUUUCUGCAGUACAGUAUGUUUCUAGCAAUGCUUGCAAGAUUUAUAUCCAGAUCCAAUCCAAUCAAAGAUUGAAGAUGUACUCUUCCCCUGUCAUCCUGUGAACAGUAGGCCUAACUUUUAAUGUCUAAUGUAUACUGGUACUAUACAGUGCCUUCGGAAAGUAUUCAAACCCCUUGACCUUUUCCACAUUUUGUUACGUUACAACCUUAUUCUAAAAUGGAUGAAAUAAAAAAACAUCUGCAGCAAUCUACACACAAUAACCCAUAAUGACGAAGCGAAAACAGGUUUUUAGAUAUUUCUGCUAAUUUAUUAAAAAUAAAAAACAGAAAUACCUUAUUUACAUAAGUAUUCAGACCCUUUGCUAUGAGACUCGAAAUUGAGCUCAGGUGCGUCCUGUUUCCAUUGAUCAUCCUUGAGAUGUUUCUACAACUUAAUUGGAGUCCACCUGUGGUAAAUUGAAUUGAUUGGACAUGAUUUGGAAAGGCACACACCUGUCUAUAUAAGGUCCCACAGUUGACAGUGCAUGUCAGAGCAAAAACCAAGCCAUGAGGUCGCAGGUAUUGUUCGUAGAGCUCCAAGACAGGAUUGUGUCGAGGCACAGAUCUGGGGAAGGGUACCAAAAAAUGUCUGCAGCAUUUAAGGUCCCCAAGAAUACAGUGGCCUCCAUCAUUCUUAAAUUGAAGAAGUUUGGAACCACCAAGACUCUUCCUAGAGCUGGCCACCCGGCCAAACUGAGCAAUCGGGGGAGAAGGGCCUUGGUCAGGGAGGUGACCAAGAACCCGAUGGUCACUCUGCCAGAGCUCUAGAGUUCCUCUGUGGCAAUUGGAGAACCUUCCAGAAGGACGACCAUCUCUGCAGCACUCCACCUAUCAGGCCUUUAUGGUAGAGUGGCCAGACGGAAGCCACUCCUCAGAAAAUGGCACAUGACAGCCUGCUUGGAGUUUUCCAAAAGGCACCUAAAGACUCUGACUAUGAGAAACAAGAUUCUCUGGUCUGAUGAAACCAAGAUUGAACUCUUUGGCCUGAAUGCCAAGCGUCACGUCUGGAGGAAACCUGGCACCAUCCCUACGGUGAAGCAUGGUGGUGGCAGAAUCAUGCUGUGGGGAUGUUUUUCAGCGGCAGGGACCGGGAGACUAGUCAGGAUCAAGGGAAAGAUGAACGGAGCAAAGUACAGAGAGAUCCUUGAUGAAAACCUGCUCCAGAGCACUCAGGACCUCAGACUGGGGCGAAGGUUCACCUUCCAACAGGAUAACGACCCUAAGCACACAGCCAAGACAAUGCAGGAGUGGCUUCAGGACAAGUCUCUGAAUGUCCUUGAGUGGCCCAGCCAGAGCCUGGGCUUGAACCCAAUCAAACAUCUCUGGAGAGACCUGAAAAUAGCUGUGCAGCAACGCUCCCCAUCCAACCUGACAGAGCUUGAGAGGAUCUGCAGAGACAAAUGGGAGAAUCUCCCCAAAUACAGGUGUGUCAAGCUUGUAGUGUCAUACCCAAGAAGACUCGAGGCUGUAAUCGCGGCCAAAGGUGCUUCAACAAAUUACUGAGUAAAGGGGUCUGAAAACUUAUGUAAAUGUGAUAUUUCCGGUUUUUUUUUAUACAUUUGGAAAAGUUUCAAGAAAACUUUUUUUGCUUUGUCGUUAAGGGGUAUUGUGUGUAGAUUGAUGAGGAGGAAAAAAAACAAUAAUCAAUUUUAGAAUAAGGCUGUAAUGUUACAAAAUGUGGAAAAAGUCAAGGGGUCUGUAUACUUUCUGAAUGAACUGUACAUGUGUGUGUUUGCCAGUAGGGAUCAAUACGGUUUUUCAUUUGAUCCAGUCCCAGGUGGUGAGUGACCCCCUGCAUCAGAACGGGGCCCUGGACGGGCUGGUGCUGGGAGGGGUGCGGGUGUUCGGGAUGCUCUCCCCACCCCGCUAUGUAUGGGCCAACGGAAAGAAAGUGAGGGAUUUCUCUUAUCGGACUGACACCAAGGUGAGCAGUAGCUGGCUGAGUUACCUCUAUAGAGUUUAGAAUUAAGAAAUAGUAGAACGGACAUUCUAAUUCUGCUUGCCUACCUGUUUAUUCUAUUCAAAUCUACAGUAUAAUAUACACUGCUCAAAAAAAUAAAGGGAACACUAAAAUAACACAUCCUAGAUCUGAAUGAAUGAAAUAAUCUUAUUAAAUACUUUUUUCUUUACAUAGUUGAAUGUGCUGACAACAAAAUCACACAAAUUAUCAAUGGAAAUCAAAUGUAUCCAACCCAUGGAGCUCUGGAUUUGGAGUCACCCUCAAAAUUAAAGUGGAAAACCACACUACAGGCUGAUCCAACUUUGAUGUAAUGUCCUUAAAACAAGUCAAAAUGAGGCUCAGUAGUGUGUGUGGCCUCCACGUGCCUGUAUGACCCCCCUACAACGCCUGGGCAUGCUCCUGAUGAGGUGGCGGAUAGUCUCCUGAGGGAUCUCCUCCCAGACCUGGACUAAAGCAUCUGCCAACUCCUGGACAGUCUGUGGUGCAACGUGGCGUUGGUGGAUGGAGCGAGACAUGAUGUCCCAGAUGUGCUCAAUUGGAUUCAGGUCUGGGGAACGGGCGGGCCAGUCCAUAGCAUCAAUGCCUUCCUCUUGCAGGAACUGCUGACACACUCCAGCCACAUGAGGUCUAGCAUUGUCUUGCAUUAGGAGGAACCCAGGGCCAACCGCACCAGCAUAUGGUCUCACAAGGGUCUGAGGAUCUCAUCUCGGUACCUAAUGGCAGUCAGGCUACCUCUGGCGAGCACAUGGAGGGCUGUGCGGCCCCCCAAAGAAAUGCCACCCCACACCAUGACUGACCCACCGCCAAACCGGUCAUGCUGGAGGAUGUUGCAGGCAGCAGAACGUUCUCCACGGCGUCUCCAGACUCUGUCACGUCUGUCACAUGUGCUCAGUGUGAACCUGCUUUCAUCUGUGAAGAGCACAGGGCGCCAGUGGCGAAUUUGCCAAUCUUGGUGUUCUCUGGCAAAUGCCAAACGUCCUGCACGGUGUUGGGCUGUAAGCACAACCCCCACCUGUGGACGUCGGGCCCUCAUACCACCCUCAUGGAGUCUGUUUCUGACCGUUUGAGCAGACACAUGCACAUUUGUGGCCUGCUGGAGGUCAUUUUGCAGGGCUCUGGCAGUGCUCCUCCUGCUCCUCCUUGCACAAAGGCGGAGGUAGCGGUCCUGCUGCUGGGUUGUUGCCCUCCUACGGCCUCCUCCACGUCUCCUGAUGUACUGGCCUGUCUCCUGGUAGCGCCUCCAUGCUCUGGACACUACGCUGACAGACACAGCAAACCUUCUUGCCACAGCUCGCAUUGAUGUGCCAUCCUGGAUGAGCUGCACUACCUGAGCCACUUGUGUGGGUUGUAGACUCCGUCUCAUGCUACCACUAGAGUGAAAGCACCUCCAGCAUUCAAAAGUGACCAAAACAUCAGCCAGGAAGCAUAGGAACUGAGAAGUGGUCUGUGGUCACCACCUGCAGAACCACUUCUUUAUUGGGGGUGUCUUGCUAAUUGCCUAUAAUUUCCACCUGUUGUCUAUUCCAUUUGCACAACAACAUGUGAAAUGUAUUGUCAAUCAGUGUUGCUUCCUAAGUGGACAGUUUGAUUUCACAGAAGUGUGAUGGACUUGGAGUUACAUUGUGUUGUUUAAGUGUUCCCUUUAUUUUUUUGAGCAGUGUAUAUUGUUUAUAAUCCUGUUUGUCUGUAGGUUCUGACAGUGACCAGCCUGGCCCUGCCCAUGUCAGAGGUGUUUGAAGUCCAGUGGACCUCAUGACCCAGUGAGCCUUAUGAACCGUGUGACUCAGUGAACCUCAUAAUGACUCAGUGGACUCUGUGACCCAGUAGACAGCCUCUCAGGUUGUUCUGGCACUCCUGACCUAGCAAAUCUCUGACAAGAACCUCCACCCAAAGUUGCCCCUUCAUCACUGCUACCCUGAAAGUUUCCCCUUCAUCACUGCUACCCUGGGUAAGCAAUUGCGCUAAUAGACUUCUGGGUUUUAUGAAUGGACGGACUACACUGAAGUAUUUUUGGAAAUCAUGGUUUUUAUUGCUUUUAUAUUCAACUGUAUUUUUAAUAAAAUCUGUGAAAAGUACCAGUGUGAACUGUGUGGGUUAUUGGCGAUGAUAAACUUUUCAAACGCUCAAUCAGAUAUUUCUCCAUUUCCUCGUUGUUGCAGAUGAGUGAUUACAUGACAUUGUCUCAGGUGAGAUGCUGA